UAAGUCAUACAAUUAAAAAGAUCAAAAGUAGUAGUACGGACUAUAGAAUACGAAGUAUAUUUUAUUCAAGUGGACACGAUAGUUGUUUGUUUGUACUAAUAAUUUGAUAAGAAAACACGGCACAUUACCUACUUCGUUUGAAAUGGACAUAGAAAUGUAGAAUAUAGAUAAAUUCCUUAGAUCCGUUUACACAAGAAAAAUUUCAAUAAUCUAGAAAGACUGAAAGAGCUCAAGAUGGAAAACAAUGGUAGAAUGUUGUGGAGAUAUAACAAGGAGGAGAAACACGAAGAAAUAGAUUCAGGAGAUAAGAAGAAACCAUUGACCGUGAGAACAGCUUUAGGAUUGUUAUUGGAAAACAUUGACCCCAAUGAUGAGCGAACACUCGUUCCGAUGGGUCACGGUGAUCCCUCCCCAUUUCAAUGCUUUCGUACUGCCGCCACUGCCGAGGAUGCUGUUGUUGCUACUCUCCGUUCCGCCACCUCUAAUUGUUACGCCACCACCUACGGCCUCCCACCGGCUAGAAAGGCAGUAGCAGACUACAUUUCGAAGGAUCUUCCUUACAAACUAUCAGCAGAUGACAUUCACCUAACCGCUGGUUGCAAACAGGCAAUUCAGCUGGCAAUAACUUCUCUUGCUACUCCUGGUUCAAACAUCCUACUACCCAAGCCAACUUUCGCUAUGUAUGAUGCAGCAGCUGCAUAUACAGGCCUUAAAGUCCAGCAAUAUGAUCUUCUUCCAGAAAGAGGAUGGGAAGUUGACAUUGACUCAGUUGAAGCUCUAGCGGAUAGCAAUACUGUUGCCAUUGUGGUGAUUAAUCCUGGAAAUCCUAGUGGAAGUGUCUACACUCGCCAACAUUUACAGAAGGUAGCAGAAACUGCAAGAAAGCUUGGGUUACUUGUGAUUGCUGACGAAGUGUAUGAACACAUCACUUUUGGUACCAAUCCCUUUGUUCGAAUGGGAGAAUUUGCGUCCAUUGUGCCUAUGCUUACAGUGGGAUCUCUCUCUAAGAGGUGGCUUGUUCCUGGCUGGAGACUUGGCUGGCUUGUCACAACUGAUCCAACCGGCUUCCUACAAAAAUCUCAGUUUAUAAAGCGCGUUAGAGACUUUAUCAGCAUAAGUCCUGAACCUGCCACAUUCAUUCAGGCCGCAGUUCCUCAAAUCCUUCAAAAUACAAAACAAGAGUUCUUUUCAAAAUGUAUUGAUGUGCUUCGACUAGAUGCAGAUAUUAUCUAUGAAAAGCUCAAGGAGAUCCCUUGCAUUACAUGUCCGAGUAAGCCGGAAGGAUCCAUGUUCAUAAUGGUCAAGUUAAAUGUGUUUAUGCUUGAUGGCAUACUAGAUGAUGCUGAUUUUUGCUUAAAGCUUGCUAAACAGGAGAAAGUGAUCCUUUUACCUGGUUCUACUGUUGGAAUGGAAAAUUGGCUUCGUAUAACUUGUGCACUUGAUCCAUCGGUUCUUGAAGAAGGUCUUGAUAGAAUAAAAGCAUUUUGUCAAAGGAAUGCAAAGGCACACUAAGAUAGGGGCAUCUAACCAACAAGGGUUGGCUCAAGUGGCUUGGUGAGAAGCUUGAUGUCGCUUAAUGAAGAUCUCGGGUUCAAGUAUCACUUGUUCAGAUACAUCAUUUACAAAUUUAUUUUUACGACUAGAAUAAUAUAUGGGAAAAAAUUGAUAAAAAUAAUCCCAACUUUUACUCGUUCGCUUAAAAUAAUCCCAAAUUUGGAUUUUUUUUGAA